AUGUUGUUCACUAGAGGAUGCACUUCUUCCCUUGAUGCCAUAGCAGAUCUUUUCACUAAGUAUGUUGAUUGCUCUGGGCAGGUUUGCAAUCCUACCAAAUCUACCACGUUUGCAAGAUCAAUGGCAGUGGUUAGGCAUGGUUUUCUGGCUAGUAGGAUUGGGUUCAAGAUGGAACACCUUCCUUUCUCUUACUUGGGUGUUCCAAUUUUUAAAGGAAGACCAAAAGCCAUUUAUUUACAACCGGUAGCGGACAAAAUUAAAGUUAAACUUGAAGCUUGGAAAGCCAUUUUGUUGUCUAUAGCAGGCAUAAUUCAAUUGGUAAACUGUCAUUCAUAUAUGCUUCUCUACUCCUUUAGGAUUUACUCUUGUCCUGUCAACUUAAUCAAAACUAUUGAAAGUUGGUGCAUGAACUUCAUCUGGAGUGGCAACAUAGAAAAGCGGAAUCUUGUAAUUGCUGCUUGGGAUCAAUGUUGUCAAGAUAUUCAGGCUGGAGGUUUAGGGAUCAGAUCUCUCAGGACACUUAAUGAAGCUAAUAAUUUUGUUCAAUGUUGGAGCAUUAUUAAUGAGAUAGAUUGUUGGGCUUCUAUUUUAAAAGCUAGAGUUUUCAAGAGAAAUAGGCAGAUUAAAUGCCAUGUUUUUUCAUCAAAUCUAGACAGAUAG